AUGCAAAACACCCUGGCAGGGUUCAACCAAGGGAUUCGUCGAAUGGACAGAGAGUGCAUUGUGGCAUGGUGCUGUUACCCAGCAGCUGGCGUCAUAAGCUCAUCGAAACAGCACUUCCUUCUUCAACAAGUGACAAGCCUAUGCCAUUCGAACCCAAAAUCACUGGUUGCUGUGGUGGUUAUGCCUAAUCGUGUUCGGACAGCCACGGUGUGCUUUGAACCAAGCUCUAUCUAUGGCAACCGGACUGGCUAUCACAGCUUGCUACUCAUCACUGCUAAUGACAAGACCAACCAGUUUCAUCGCACCGCGUUUUGGAGGAGUGGCCUUACAACAGGUCGAAAGUUUGCAGCGGGAGCGGUUUGCCACAGUGGGCAGUCAGCCUCGUUCUGUGGGAAUUUGAUUGCACAGAAGGUCUUUGGCAUGUGUCGCACAGAGCACCUAUCCUUGCCUGGCUUUCCCAACUUUGCUGAGGCCUUGCGGUCCCUGAAGGCAAUGGACAAGGUGUCUUGCCCCAACUAUGAGGUUUGCAUUGCGCUUGGCAAUGGCACCCUUGUCAUCAAAGAGGCGUUGGUGGAAUUGUGGUCCAAGAAGCACGCUGAGUUCGCAGCGGAGACAGAAGAGUUGCUGAAGAAUCACAAUGCUGAGUUCAACCGAGAGAACAUCAAAAGAGGACUUGAGAAAUCGAAUGAAUCAGAGACAAAGAAUGAGCCUAUCAAGAAACUAUGCUUGGAAGGCACUUUGGAAAUUGAUGAGUUCGAGAAGCAGCACUCUGACAGGCUGUCACUGCCCUGUGGAACUUUCACUCUUCACUGGUGCAAGGAGAAAGCACUGCUCUACAUCACAGCGGAAAAGGAUUGCACCGCUGCUGCCAACACUGAGCUUUUUGGAAUGGGGAGUGGGGACUUUCUCCAAUCCACUGAAGCGGAGGACGUCAUGAGUGACACAAGCAGUGGUGGGCGCUGGCUGCACUUCAACCUUUCUGGUGGGGGCGAUUCACUUGUCAUCCUAGAUGAUGGGGACAGGAAAGCCCCACAACAUUUGAAGAACCUAGACAUCCACAACAAGGUGCUGACUCUCAAGAAUCUGCUGGAAGAGCUGGAGAACUUGGGGGAAGUGAACUUGGGAUUGGCCGGGCAUCAAAUUAUCAAGGAAGGGGGAAACCUCAACCUCGCCCUAAAGGACAAGAUUUGCUUUGCGUUGGACCCUUUGAAGGACAAGAAGAAGCAAAAGGCUGCUAGCUAA